AUGAGUGACGUGAAGAACGAUAAGAAUAUGGAAGCUACGGGCACAAAUGAUUAUGUGCUUCACCUUCCACGUCCGCUCACUCUUGAAGAAAAGAAAUAUCUAUUGACUGUAGAGAGAGGUGAUUUGUCUAACGUGAAGAGGCUUUUACAGCUUGCAAACAAGAAAAAGAUAAAACAGCUAGACAUAAAUUGUGUAGAUAGUUUGGGUCGUGGUGCCCUCACGCUGGCCAUAGAGGCGGAACAUUUAGAAAUGGUUGAGUUGCUUGUUGUGAUGGGAGUUGAAACUAAAGAUGCUCUGCUUCAUGCAAUUGAUCAGGAAUUCGUAGAGGCAGUCGAAUUGUUGUUGGAACAUGAAGAACUCCUUACGAACCAAAUAACUGAAAAUUCCGAAAAGCAGAUCAUACACAGCUGGCAGAAGGUAGAUCCAGCAUCAGCCAGAUAUCCGACGGACAUGACACCAUUGAUGCUCGCGGCACAACGCAAUAAUUAUGAAAUUUUGAAACUUUUACUGGAUCGAGGAGCUACCUUGCCGAUGCCGCAUGACGUGAGGUGUGGCUGUGACGAUUGUCUUCAGGCAACCAUCGGCGAUCCGUUACGUCUGUCAUCUACUAGAAUUUCCGAAUAUAAGGCUUUAGCAAGUCCAAGUUUAAUAGCUUUGAGCUCGACAGAUCCUUUAAUGACAGCUUUCCAAUUAAGUUGGGAACUUAGGGAACUGGCCAUUUCGGAACCUGAAAGUAGAGCCGAAUACUUAAAACUACGACGGCAGGUAGAAAAAUUCGCUGUCGAUUUAUUGCAAUACGUCCGGACUACCACGGAAUUAGAUACCAUCUUAAAUUACGAUCCAGAAGAAGAAAAUGCCAUACUUAGCAAACAAUUGGCUCGUCUGGAACAAGCUAUAGAGUAUAAGCAAAAAAGAUUCGUCUCGCAUUCUCACGUUCAGCAGCUCUUGGCAGCAAUCUGGUACGAAGGGGUUCCCGGAUUUCGAAGAAUGUCAACUCUGCAAAGAGUCGGCAUUCUUGCAAAGACAGCAGUUCUAUUUCCAUUUUAUUGUAUCAUGUAUUAUCUAAUGCCGGGAUCAAAAACGGGACAGCUUAUGCGAAGACCUUUUAUGAAAUUCUUGGUUCACGCGUCAUCCUAUUUAUUCUUUUUGUUUGUACUCAUGCUAGUAUCGCAGCGUGCAGAAGUGGAAAUCGUUAGAUUCUUGGGUAGCCAGGAAAUGAAGAGAAACCUCGAAGCUUACUUGGCUCGACAGAGAGGCGCGGCCCCUACUCCUCUUGAAGGUAUCGUUGUGCUAUAUGUUUUUGGAUUCAUAUGGGAAGAGACGAGAGAGGUUUAUGUAAACGGUUUGAAGAGUUAUUUGCGAGACAUGUGGAACUUUAUCGACUUUACCAGAAAUACGCUCUAUAUGGCAAUCGGCGUCCUUAGACUGGCAGCUUAUCUUCAACAGCGUGCAGAGAUACGAAUGGACCCAUCGGCCGCGCUAAUAUCAAGAGAAAAUUGGAGCGAUUUCGAUCCGCAACUGAUAGCGGAGGGUCUCUUUGCGGCUGCAAAUGUCUUCAGUGCUUUAAAAAUUGUUCAUCUCUUCAGCAUUAAUCCACAUCUAGGACCGCUUCAGAUAUCGUUAGGCAGAAUGGUAAUCGACAUCGUGAAAUUCUUUUUUAUUUACACCUUAGUGUUAUUCGCUUUCGCUUGCGGCUUGAAUCAGUUGCUGUGGUACUUUGCGGAACUGGAGAGGCAGAAGUGUUACAGAGGAAUAUCGGAUCCUUCAUGGGAUGCCGGCAGUGACGCCUGUUUAAGAUGGAGAAGAUUCAGUAAUCUGUUCGAAUCGUGUCAGAGUCUUUUCUGGGCCAGUUUCGGUAUGAUUGGCAUCGAAAGCUUCGAACUUACCGGAAUCAAGUCAUAUACUCGAUUCUGGGGCUUGUUGAUGUUUGGAUCGUAUUCCGUAAUCAACGUGAUUGUCCUGCUAAAUCUAUUGAUAGCUAUGAUGAGUAACAGUUACGCUGUUAUUGAGGAACAUUCCGACACGGAGUGGAAAUUUGCGAGAACAAAGUUAUGGAUGAGUUACUUCGAGGACAGCGGAACUCUUCCGCCUCCUUUCAAUAUCUUCCCACCACCGAAAUUGCUUUUCCGAUUGUUCGGCCUGCAGAAGAAACGUAUCGGUAGACAUUGUAGUCAACGUCGACGUGCACACGAAUAUAAAUACGGUGCAGUCAUGAGAGCUUUGAUAUGGCGCUACGUUGUGAAUGCACACAGCGAACACGAAAUGGAACCUGUCACCGAAGACGAUGUUCACGAACUUAAGUCUGAUUUAUCAUCGUGGAGAUGUGAACUUCUGGACAUCUUGCACAGAAAUGGCAUGGACAUUGGUGACGUCGACAUAAAGGAAAAGACUAUAUUGGGUAAGAAGAUGAAGGUAUGGGAGAGAAGACUCAUGAAAGACUUUCAAGUAGCAGGUCCUGUAAAUCCAGCUGAUGUCGAUCUUCAAGAAGAGAUAGCUCUUCAACAACCUGAAGACGAGAACAACGUUGAAAGAUGGAAGAGAAUCGCCAGAUUAGCCGUAUUAACUUCGGCUGAACAUCGUUGGAAUCAAGUGGUGAAACAUGCAAUUAAAAGCUCUCAAAUCGGCAAAAGUUGCAGCAAAACGUCGCUACAGAAUCAGCAGAGUUUAAAGAGAGCCAUGGAGGAAGCAAAACGUUUGACGCAAAAGAGCCCACUACCGCCAGAAGUGCCGGUUGAAUUGCCAGAAACUACUGCAGCGACGAUAUUACAUGUGCUACACGAAAUAGUUGACAGCGAUAGCGGUGUUAAAACAGGACUUGAAAAAGACAGAACUCCAGAACCGAUUAGAAACGGCAUUGGUUCCCAACCGUUUGAAUUAAUUCUUCAGGGCAAAUCUACAUCUUCGAUCAAUUUCGUUGACGAAAAAAUGACGAAGGCUACUGCACCGUUAUUACCACUUCGUACAUCACCACCGCGAGUAAUCAAAAGGAAGGCACCUACUCAACUCGGCCAAUUAUCAACUUCUGUUCAAUCCAUGGCUACUCAAGCUUCGACAUCAACAAGUGUUACUUCCGUUGUCCCUAUGAUAUCUGUUACGACUGCUGCAACUUCCGCAAUCGAUACAGCACUUAUGACUGCCGUGACUACUGCUACAAUAAUUACGCCUGUCACUAUGAAGACUACAAAUACUUAUGCUAAGCCCAUCACUAUUACCACUACUGCUACUUCUACUAGUAUUACUACUACUACUACUACUACUACUACUACUACUACUACUACUACUACUACUACUACUACUACUACUAGCAUUACUACUGCUGCCAAACUUGUUGCUACUUCUGCCACUACUGCAAAAUCCACUGUUGCUACCAUCUCUGUUGCUACAAGAACUUCUUCUAGUUCUCCUAUAGAAAAUCAAAGCAAAUCUGUUACCGCAUCUAUGGGUGUACCUCCAACCAAUACUAAAGACGGAAAUAGUUCGAUCAGAGCACGGCCGAAAGUUUCACAUAGUCCUAAACUUUCGAUUAUCCCGUCGUUAACAGUUACCUCAAGCUCAGAUGAUAAUAAAGAUGAUGACCGAGAGAAACUUGUAAGCAUUACAUCGCAUAAUAAAUCGAGAGGAGGAUGGCUUUAAACCAAGAAGUAAUCAUUUCAAAAGA